CGGAGGUUGGAAGAUUUUAAACAAAGUCAGCCAUCCAUGUUAGUUUCUUUGGGCGACUACACAAAAUCCGCAAUGUGAAGGAGAUAAAGGAGAGCGAGGCCCCUGUAGAGUAGUUUAGAUGGAGGAGACGAGCGACACUCCCUUCUAUCAGGAUGAAGGGAUUUCUUCACACAUUAUUUCGCCGUACCUCUUUGACAAGUCAGCCUUGCACUUGAACUUACAGCCUUUAGCGGAGGAUCCAAAGAUUGGAGAUCUAAAAAAGCAUGCAACCCCUUCAGAGCUACGGUCACCCGAUCUGGGUUUGCUUAAGCUCGGUUCACCCGAACUGGAGAAAAUGAUCAUGUCUUUGCAGGGUAACGUGACGAGCGUCUCGAAUGCUAGUUCGCUCUUUAACUCGAACGUUCACGCACCGGUUAACGCAGAUCACGAUCACGAACCAUAUUCACGUGGGUUCACUGAUGCGUUGCAAGACCUACACGAUCGACAGAUUACCAGAGAGUCUUCUCUGAUAGAUUUAGCGGACAAUGCCGCGGAGUCUACGGAUCCAUUUUUAGGGCACACUACUGUGAGAAAUGCAUCCUUUUUGACGACGGUACCUGCGACCACGAUAAGAACUUCUACAGAGCCUGUUGUGUAUUCUUCAAACUCUUCGCGCGUGGAUGCUAAUGAUUUCUUUGCGAGCAACGGAGGGUCUUUUUCUGCUCCUGUAAAAGGUGGCACAAUUUAUCCUUAUAAUGCCUCAGGUGUACCGAGCUACACGACGUUGUAUUCGUAUCAAUCAGAAAAUGCUCCAUACUCUGCUUAUCAAGAUUUUAAUAUUGAAAACAACGCGAAUUUGCGUGCCUUUGCGUCGUAUCAUAACGCGCUUGCUCAAGAAAAAGCGGAAUUGUCUGGGUACAAAUUGGAAAGUCAAGGGCAGAUAGUUUCCGAUCAUGGAUCUCUGCAACCAAUUGAUCUGGAAGUUCAAGAGAUCGUGAAACGAGAGCGAAAAAAGCAGCGGAAUAGAAUCGCUUCCUCUAAGUGUAGGAAGAGAAAACUGGAACGUGAGGCGAGGUUGGAAACACGGGUCAAGGAGUUAAAAGAGAGGAAUAUUGAAUUGAACGCGGUAGCUAAUGCAUUAAAACAGCAAGUCUGUGAUUUGAAGCAGAGAGUCAUGGAUCAUGUUAACGAAGGCUGCCAAAUUAUGCUAGCUCACCAAUCCCAAAUGUAGCCAACAGGUAUCUUCACUCGUUCCAAGGUAAGGUAGGUUCUUUGACAAGCGUAAAAUCGCAGCCACUCCAACUAAAUAAACUGCACGGGUGACUUUGUUUCUCUUGGUAUUAAGCAGAGAACAGACAUGAUCUGUGUUUAUUCGCUUUUGAACACAAAAUUUUCAAGAUAUUUCAAACACAUUUCUAGUUAUAUUCGUUCUCCUAGUAAAGUAAGUUUGCCUUGCCAGGUAACAUAGUGAAUUAGAGAAUUACCUCAUCGAAGAGGAAUACAUAGAAAUCAUUGUAAAUAAGCCACUUUACCAAACGACCGGUUUAGUUUUCAUCUGAGAAAGGUUAAAAAAUUCCUUUUAAUGGAAAACUUUAGUUUAAAGAGAUAUUUAUCCCCGGGAUAACUUGUAUAUAGUUGCGAUAUGUAACGAUUUACGAUUUAACGCUUUUGCGCAAUGCGCAAAACAGAACAUUAUACACUCUGCUGUCACUAUGGCUCGAUGGAUUGGGAAUGCUUUCUCUAUCUUAACUGUUUACAGAUCUCCAAAGGAGUCAAAAGUGCCAUUCUUAGUCUCAACAACUUUAAGCAGUUUCCUUUUGUCAUCUUGAUUUUUUAACCUCAGGGUUGUGCAUAACCAUUCAGUUCAAGUUUCUCGUAUUUCUGGACCUUGUCACUUUAGUUCUACGUUUUCGGAAACGCUUCUCUUUAAAUUUUGUGGUUUUGAAGAUUCAGGAAAAUCUAUAAUGGUGAUGAUUAAAACUGAAGUUUUGAUAAACAUGCAUAUUUGCCGUAAAUGAUGAUGUAAUCCUCAGCCCCUGAUUGGAUGAGCCAUUUCUGUUAUAUACAAACUGUGACAUGCUGAUGGCGCUCAUAGGAAACAGUAAGAAUAUUAGCUUUAUGACCAGCAAUGCCACGGUAGUUUUAUUGUUUACUGACAUUUAUUUCAUUGAGAUUUUUCGUGGGCUGGAAAAUUUGCACAUUUUUUAUUUUUGCUACGAUUGUAAAUAUAUUUCACUUUGAAAGGUUUAUUUUUUUGCGUUGGUUUAAUUAGUAGCUGAUAGCCAGGCUAUUUAAGAAAGUAGACUUCUUUUUUGCUAACAUUUUUCUUUUUGAGAAAGAAUGGUGUUGAUACAUUGACUCAAAGGAGUUGGAAAUCAUAUCACUAAAUGUAUUAAAAGCUCUAACGAGCAAUCAAUCAUUGUCAGUAAUUAAAGUCCAACGUAAGAGGACAAAGUAUGAAACUGAGUUCUGAAUGAAGGCCUCAUCCUCGAGAUAAUCCCUUUCAAGCUAUUUUUUGAUGAACGAAUCUUUCGAUUUGUCUCGAAUUUUGCCAUCAGACAUUGUUUCCCUCCAAAACCGAUUUCAUUUCCGUGCUCUCAAUUCUUUCCGUAAGGUUCGGGAAGAGAAAGGGCCAUCGGAACGAGGUUAAACAAAACUUCCAAGCACGCAGACACUUGGGGAAAAAUAACUUGAAAAGGAAAACAUUCCUCCUUAUAAAGGAAUAUAAAGGGAAAUUAUUUCCUUAGCUGAUUGCCUUUUGACGAUUCUAACUUAUUUCUCAAGGCAAAUGAAGCACUUCAUCCUAAACUCAGCGAGGUCACCACAAUGAAUGAACUGAACACUUACUUUCAUGGAAAGUAAUUGAUGUACAGUUUACAAUGCAACAUGUGCAUUCGCCUAUGAACAAAGGCGAAUUGUGUAGGAAACUAGGAUAAAACUGUUUUUAGUUGAAUUUCGAAUCGUGUUUGAUCAAUGGCGAACUCUCUUUGAUACUUUUUAAGGGUGCCUACCACAAGUCACUGAGAACUUGUCGGCCAGGCCAAACUGAAGAAAUUUGCAAGUUACCUUAAAGCUACGGUUGAUGCGAUCAUCAAAGACACAAGGAAAUCCUGGGUCUUUUAAGAAGUUUAUUUCGGGAAUGCCGUUGAUAAAAAAUUUUUGGUUAUCCAAUUAAAGACAGUUUACAGUUCAUUAAUACACAAAUUUCGAAGGAAUAGUAUCAUUUACGCAUCUUUAUUCCCGAAUCUUCAAGCUAUAAAUAUCAUAUAUUGUAAUAUCAUAUAUUGAUUAGAGUAGAACUGUAAGAUUCAAGCUACAAUAAAUAUCACACAUUUAUCUUUAACUUCCGUUUCUCUGAAUGAAAUUUAAGUCUUAUUAGUUUUACUCAAAAGAGAAAAAGUUCACAGACUGAAUUCCUCCAUACAGGGCCUAUUUAAAAAUAAAUCCCUCUCAAGUUAAUAAUUAACAACUAUUUACCGAAGCAGAGGUGACUAGUGGUAGAUAUUCAUCAAGUCGCAAACCGAAAAUAGAGUAUUUUGUCACCUAUAUUAUAAUACAUAUACUCCGAAGCAAUUCCUACUGGCAACUGCGCUUGAAGAACAGAAUAUAUGUAAAUGUUGGCACAAAAAUUGCGCUCGUACCGAAAAAAAAUCGCAACUCCAGCUGUGACCGUAAGCUGCACGCGCGAACUGCGCGUGAGAACUGCAAAUAGAAAGCUGCGCGAGCGGAUUACGCAAUUUAAAGUUGCGCACACGAACUACUCAGAGGAGGAGUGGCGAAUGUCCCACACUGCCUUGCGGUGUCAAUUUGCAAAAUGGCGACCGCGUUUUCACACAUCUCGGUAUAACGACCUUAAUCUAUACAUAUCGAAGAUUCUAAAGAUUUUCAUAGCGAGUUUGGUAUGAAGGAAAUAGUAUAUCAUUUAUGGAGUCAACAAACAAACGAUCAGGCGUAUCUGACGGAAAUACUCCAAAUAAACCUCGGCCCAAGAAAACUCCGUGCGCAGACUGCAUCAUUUAAAGCAUGGUUCACAAGUAAGACGCCAGAGCAAACGAAAACUGCAUUAACCAUGCAACAUAAAACAACACGCGUGAUGUAUGCAAUUAAGGAAUGCAUGCGUGAACUAUGUAAUUGAAAACUACGCGUGUUUGCGCUUGUGAACUACGCAAUUUAGAAAUGCACGCACAAACUACGUAACUGAAAGCUCUGCACGUGAUUAACCCCUUUACUCCCAAGACCUGAUUGUUAAUUCUCCCCUCUUGCUGUUACACGGUUCCUUGUCACUUAGUUACGAGAAUUUGGGGUCAGAUCAAGGUAACGACUUCUACCUGAUAAGGUUUACUGUAAGGUUUACCUGUUUGCUGGAAAACAUACAGAUAUCAUAGGGAGAACUUACAUGUUAGUCACAUCUGGGAGUUCAAGAGUUAAGGCUACAAUCUCGUACUACUCAACAUUAAUCUGCACCCGCUGUGUGUUGUUUUCCUUCAUUAGUUUACUAAAGCUAGCUUAAUAUUUUAAGGGGGUAUUUGCCUGUAUCACAAGUUCCUUAGAAAGUUUGAUCCAAUUGCUAAAAUUUUUCAAUUAAUUUCUAACGGCGUUUAUUCGGUGAUUAUUAGUGAUGGAUGCUGCUUACACGGAUAAGUCUUCAUAAGCAACAGUUAAGUCGAUGUGUCUUUUGAGUCACAGAAUACCAAAGCAAUUUAUCGGAACAAACCCUACUGGGAAGGGAAUGAAGGGUGUUUUUAACCUCAACGGAGAGAUAUAAAAGGUAUUUCUAAAACACAAUACAACGACGAUUGAACUUGGGCAAAAAAAAAACAUUUAAAAGCUAAAGCUUGACGUAUUCAGGAUUGAUCGGACAGUCAGGGAAGGAAUAGUCCAUUUUACAGUUGUCUGCUUGGUUGCCAAGCCUUUGAAUGGGAGUGAG